AUGGCAAAUAAGGAAGUUUUUACAUUGAAAAAUUCAUUUUCAAAAAAACGAAUUUUUACUCACAAAGAGAUAGAGAGUUAUACAUUUGAUGAAAUUGUAGAAUUGAGUGAAGUAUCAGAAGAAUAUUGUAGUUUUUCUGAUGUUUCUAACGGUGAAAAUUCAGAACUAGAAUUAUUAGAGCUAGGUUUAGAAGAGGAAACGCCUGCAUUGGUCGAUGCUCUAAGUUCUAGCGACAGUUCUUUAGAAAAUGAACGUUCUGAGUUUUCAUACAUACCCAAACGGACAUCUGAAACUCCAGUUAAUAGAGUUCAACCUUUUGCAUUUACCGGUGUUUCUGGGUACAACCAGAAUAUAGUCAAAAAUGAUCAUCUUUAUUUGUACGAACUUUUAUUUACAGGUGAAUUUUGUGAGUUUAUUGUAAAUGAGACCAAUCGAUUUGCUUCCCAAAUUAUAAAUAAAAAUGAAUUAUCAGCAAAUUCCAGAAUGAGGCGCUGGUUGCCUGUAACAGUUCCAGAGAUUAGGCAGUAUAUUGCAAUUUUUUUAUAUCAAAGAGUACUAUGGAAGCGCACGUAUGAAAUGUAUUAUACAAAAAAUCCAAUGUUUUCAAGUGCUGGUAUUAAGUAUUUGUUUUCUUAUAACAAAUUCAAGUUAAUUGACAAAUUUAUUCAUUUUGUUGAUUCUGCUACCUUACCAAAUAAACAUCCUGUUCUAUCUAGAAUAAGCGUAGUAUGGGAUUAUCUUACAAAUAAAUACAAUGAAGCGAAUACACCAAUACAAAGUAUAUCAAUAGAUGAAUCACUUUUGUUGUGGAAUGGUAGACUGUCUUGGAAACAAUGUAUUCGCAGCAAAAGUGCCAGAUUUGGCAUAAAAACAUUUUCAUUGUGUGAGUCAGAGAAGGGGUGUUGUUUGUUACAAAAAUAA